AUGGGGCUGUUUGGUAGAACAGCAGAGAAACCACCAAAAGACCUGGUCAAUGAGUGGUCUCAAAAGAUCAGGAAGGAAAUGAGAGUGAUUGACAGACAAAUUCGAGAUAUUCAAAGGGAAGAAGAAAAAGUUAAAAGAUCCAUAAAAGAUGCUGCCAAAAGGGGCCAGAGGGAUGUGUGUGUGAUUCUCGCAAAGGAGAUGAUUCAGUCCAAACGAGCUGUCACAAAACUUUAUGCUUCCAAAGCUCAAAUGAACUCUGUGCAACUCAGCAUGAAGAAUCAGCUUGCUGUACUGCGUGUAGCCGGGGCCCUGCAGAAGAGCACGGAGGUGAUGAAAGCGAUGCAAAACCUUGUCAAAAUCCCAGAGAUCCAGGCGUCCAUGAGAGAACUAUCAAAGGAGAUGAUGAAGGCUGGCAUCAUUGAGGAAAUGCUGGAAGAUACAUUUGAGAGCAUGGAAGAUGGAGAGGAGAUGGAGGAAGAAGCAGAGGAGGAAGUUGACAAGAUCCUCUUUGAGAUCACAGCAGGUGCCCUUGGCAAAGCUCCGAGCAAAGUCACAGACGCCCUGCCUGAACUACAGCCCGCUGCAGCUGCUGCAGCUUCAGAGGACGAGUCAGAGGAGGACAUUGAAGCGAUGCAGUCAAGAUUGGCAGCUCUGAGGAGCUAAGGUGAACUGCUCACUCCAAUAAGGACAGAGACUAUUCUGGUGCUGGGUUUACAGUGCUGAGCAUCUUCUACGCUUCGUAUUAUAAUUCACAUAAUCAUAUGGGGUUAACUUUGUGCUAUGACAGUUAAUGUCUUUAAUAAGUUUUUUUAUGGGACGUUUGGUCUACUCAGCCAGAAGAAAAGGUGUUUUUGCUUUUUUUUGUCUUUUAUUAUCGGGGAUAGCCCUAGGUAAAUCUUUAUUAUCCAAAGUCAAACAGAAGGUUUAAGAAAGUGUAUAUAAUGUAAGUAUGAAAAGCCUGCUGUGCCUACGGUGCUUCAUCAUAUUCUUCUGUCCUAAGUUAUGGACUGGUGGUGGAGGUACUUCGGUAUUUAUGAUCCAAACAAGCGAUUAAAUAACCACCCUGCACUUAAAUCACACCCUAGAUCACUAUUCAGCAGCUGUUCCAAAUCUGUUCGGAUGCAUUUUGUAAGCAACAGCCGUUCUGUUUACUGCUAACUAGCCUACAUUAUCUGAAACACUAGAGAUGGUGGGCGGAUAUCUCCUUUUUAUAGUUAAUUUUCUGUACAGUCAAAAUGUAUCUAUCCUAUAUGUGAUCAUACAUGUUGAGCGCACUCAUCAGAAAAAUGCACGAACACUAUCCCUAACCCAUUUUUUUUGGCAUUAACAUUCAGCUUGUUAAAUGUUAGUUCUUUGUAUUUUGAUGGAGUUCCUUCUCAGCAGGAAGAUGCAGAAGAAAUGCAACGGUUGGUUAGUGCAGAACCUAUGUAUUGUGGAAGUAUUGUGUGUAUACUUUUUCUAUGUUAAUGGAGAAAACAAUAAGGUAAUAAACUUUUAAGAACAAAGGUUUCCAUUAAGCAGACUGUAAUAUACCGGUUUCUGCUUUCUUACAAUGAGCCCUUCAACCUCACAAUAAACACUGAAUGAUCUU